CGGGGGGAAUGGCGGGUUCUGGGUCACGUGACGAGAGGGAGGCCCGCUGGGCGACUCCUCCCCCGGGGAGAGGAAUUUAACGCGCGCUCCCGUGGCACCGGGCACGUGCAGGAACUUGGUGGAGCUGAGACAGCUGGAGGCCGGGGUACGUGCGGGGGGAGCCCGGAUCCGGGCGGCGCGGCCUGGCUCCUCCCUCUGGAGAGCGCAUCAUGGUCAACGAGCCCCACAGCGCCAGCAGUGGGAGUGCCAGUUCCAGGUCGGAGGGCAGCAGCAGCGGCAGUGAGAGCUCCAAGGACAGCUCGCGAUGCUCCACCCCGGUCCUGGAUGCUGAGCGCCAUGAGCGGCUGCGGGAGAAGAUGCGCCGGCGAUACGACUCCGGGGACAAGUGGUUCUCCUUGGAGUUCUUCCCCCCGCGGACGGCCAAUGGUGCGGUCAAUCUGAUCUCCAGGUUUGACCGCAUGGGGAUGGGCGGCCCCCUCUUCAUUGAUGUGACUUGGCACCCGGCAGGGGACCCAGGCUCUGACAAGGAGACCUCCUCCAUGAUCAUCGCCAACACGGCCGUCAACUACUGUGGCCUGGAGACCGUCUUGCACAUGACAUGUUGCAACCAGACCAAGGAGGAGAUCACAGGGCACCUGCAGAAGGCCAAGCGUCUGGGGCUGAAGAACAUCAUGGCGCUGCGAGGAGAUCCCAUUGGCGAGGAGUGGGAGGAAGAGGUGGAAGGCUUCAACUACGCCAUCGACUUGGUGAAGCACAUUCGCUGCGAGUUCGAUGACUAUUUUGACAUCUGCGUGGCAGGUUACCCCAAGGGCCACCCUGAAGCCGAGAGCUACGAAGCUGACCUGAGGCACCUGAAAGAGAAAGUCUCUGCUGGUGCUGACUUCAUCAUCACGCAGCUCUUCUUCAGGUCCGAGACCUUCCUUGCGUUCAUGAAGGACUGUCAGGCCAUUGGCAUCACCUGCCCCAUCGUACCUGGCAUCUUUCCCAUACAGGGUUACCAUUCUCUGCGCCAGCUCGUGAAGCUCUCCAAACUCGAGGUGCCGCAGGAGAUCAAAGAAGUGAUCGAGCCCAUCAAGGACAACGACGCAGCCAUCCGGAACUACGGGGUGGAGUUGGCGGCGUCCAUGUGCCGGGAGCUGCUGGACAGCGGCAUGGUGUCCGGCCUGCAUUUCUACACCCUCAACAGAGAAGUGGCCACCACUGAAAUCCUCAAACGUCUGGGCAUUUGGAAAGAGGAUCCCAGGCGGCCUCUGCCCUGGGCAGUCAGCGCCCACCCCAAGAGAAGAGUCGAAGACGUCCGGCCUAUUUUCUGGGCCUCCAGGCCAAAGAGCUACAUUCACCGAACUCAGGAAUGGGAUGAUUUCCCCAAUGGUCGCUGGGGGAACUCUUCCUCGCCAGCCUUCGGCGAGCUGAAGGACUAUUACCUCUUCUACCUGAAGAGCAAGUCGCCACGGGAGGAGCUCCUGAAGAUGUGGGGGGAGGAGCUGACGAGUGAGGAGAGCGUCUUCGAGGUGUUCACCUUUUACAUCUCCGGCGAGCCCAACGGGGAGGGGCACAAGGUGACCUGCCUGCCCUGGAACGACGACCCUCUCGCUGCUGAAACCAACCUCUUGAAGGAGCAGCUGGACAAGGUGAACAGAAGAGGAAUCCUGACCAUCAACUCCCAGCCAAACAUCAAUGGCAGACCGUCCACUGACCCCAUCGUGGGCUGGGGGCCCAGUGGGGGCUAUGUCUUCCAGAAGGCAUACCUGGAAUUCUUCACCUCCAGCGAGAACAUCACCGCCCUGCUUAAAGUGCUGAAGAUGAAGAAGUACGAGCUCCGAGUGAAUUACCACAUUGUCAACGUCCGGGGUGAAAACAUCACCAAUGCUCCUGAUCUGCAGCCCAACGCCGUGACCUGGGGCAUCUUCCCAGGCAGAGAGAUCAUUCAGCCAACGGUUGUGGAUCCAGUUAGCUUCAUGUACUGGAAGGAUGAGGCCUUCGCUUUGUGGAUUGAGCAGUGGGCUAAGCUGUAUGAAGAGGAGUCUCCCUCUCGCAUGAUUAUCCAGUACAUCCACGACAACUACUACUUGGUCAACCUGGUGGACAACGAGUUCCCGCUGGAGAACUGCCUGUGGCAGGUCAUGGAGGACACUUUCGAGCUCUUGAACUGUCCCACGGAGCAGUGAGUCACAGCCGCUCACUCCGUCCAUCCACCCACUCACUGCAGACAGCACAACUGCCGGGGGCAAGAGGAGCCCGGCUCGGCAUGACAUGGAUCCAGACACUCCAUCAGGGGCUUCCCAACACCCCUCUCUGUUACAAACAAAACAUGUCCCACUGUCUGUUCUCAUAUGCUAAUGGCAGCUAGAACCACCUGAACCUCCCAGCAGAGCUGUAGGCUGCAUUCUAAGAAACGAUCGAGCUGCUUUUUCAGUGUCCUCUUCAGGGUUUGUUUCAAUGUGAUCGUAGUGGAGACUCACCCACUCACUGCAGCAGAGACAGCGUGCUGGGGAAGUUGGACACUACAUGGUCUAAAAGACUUGGUCAAGUUUUCUCCCAAACCCCCCCCCCCUUUUGUUUUUUAAAGGAACGGGAAUAAGGGAAUUCUCCAGGUCAGUUUAAUCUUUAGUUUGGUGAUUAGGAAUUAAUUAAUAAAUAGCAGACACUAGGCAUGCCUCAUUUCUGGAUCAAUAAGAUGGGGUGCACACUCUCUGCACUGGAUUUGUAUUUUAGCUCAGUUCAGCUCUACCACAGCUGAAGGUGGUUUUUAGAGUCAUGCCAACAUCCUCUCCAUGCUCAAGGAUGACAGUGAGAUUGCUUAUAGGGAGCAGUGUUUACCGUGAAGGGUGGGGCUAGCCAGGCCAAGCUGGUAGGAGUUUGUAGCACUGGGGCUAGUGUGUUUCAUGCACCAGCUGCUGAGGGCCCUGGAUUUUACAGCCCAUCGUCUCCACAGGUGCAGAUGGGGGUGUGCGCACAACCUACCACGGGGGCUGGGCUACAGAGCUGGUUGAGCCUGCUACAGUCUGGCCAACAGAGCUGGGGAUUUCACCCUCCAACAGUGGAUACUCAUGCUUUAUAGUAAUUCAAGGGAAACCUUAAAAGUGUCACAACAUGAUGCACGGUUGGUGUGUGAGCUUUUUCCUUUUCCCGACAGCUCAGGCCAGGAUGAACUAUUCCUAAUCCCUACACUGUAGAGGUACCUGGGUAAACACUCUAAGUCUCACAGAGUUAAAACAUGGUUCACUUUUGCAACACUGCUGGGACUGUACCAUCUAUUGUACCAUUCUGUACCAGUCUGAUCAUGUUCCUCAAUUGUG